AUGCUCUACUUAACUUAUUUCUUUAUGACCAUUCCGGGUCUUUGGGACAAGCUUGUUCAGUAUGAUGCAGGAGAUGAAAGGGUUCCGUUGCGAAUCUACGCCGAGAGAUUUUACAUCAAGCAUCAUAGACCCUUAAAAGUAGGGGUAGAUGCGUAUAUGUGGAUGUUUGAAUUGGCACCUCCUGGAAGUUCAGGAUUCGGCUCAAUGACUGGCGAUAUGAUCUCUAAGUUGGUUCUUAAUUUUCAUUCGAGAAUAAGAGAAUUGAUUCGUCUCAAUGUAUCUUUUGUUCUGGUGUUUGAUGGUCCUUAUAAGGUUCAAAAGAGACGGUGGGAGACCAAGGAUGAAAUUGGUGAAGAUCUGGAUCACCACGAUCACCACUUUAUUCAGGGAUACUCAUUUAUGCCCGAGGUGGGAAGCUUUGAUGAGGCUUAUGAAAGUGUCAACGAUGUUAUUAGGGAUACAACGGUGGCUGAUUGUUAUGACUCUCCUUCUGUGAAGACUGUUAAAGACAUGCUGGAAGACUGGAAUAUAACAUAUGUUCAAGCUCCAGCUGAGGCCGAAGCUGAAUUGGGAAGACUCAAUAGCUGUGGGGUUAUUGAUGGUAUUAUCAGCAAUGAUGGAGAUGGAUUGAUGUUUGGUGCACAAUUGAUUCUUCGUAAUUUCUCCAAAUGGGUAAUCGAUGCUCCUUCUGGUUAUGUUCCAUCGGACGUCAGUGUCAAACAACAGCAGGAGUUUUAUGUGACUCCAUUUAGCAUGGUAAAUAUUGAGAAAAUUACGGGAUUGACUAGAGAAAGAGUCAUUUUCAUUGCAUGUUUGGGUGGAAAUGACUUUUCUGGAGGUGCUGGCGGUCUUGGAAUAGCACGGGCUUUUUCUCUUGCCCAGAUUGGAAGUUCGGUUGUUGAUUCCGAGGAUAGAAAGGAUUUCGCAAGUAUCUUUCAGCAAAUUUUUGUGAAUCCUGAUGAUUCUGGAUACAUUAGAGGUCAGAUCAUACAGAACUUUACAUCGAGAAAGAAGAAACUCGACCAGUUUUCUAAACUCUUGGACUCAGAAAUCAACAAACGUAGUAGAGAGUACUUUGGUAGGGCUCAUAACAUUCAGAAUGGUAUUAUUUUACCCUCUGACUUCUAUAUUAUGAUUCACUUCUAUCCUCUCUUAGCUCAGCGCAUCUAUAUGUUUUCCUUAUAUGAUACCAAUAAUGCAGGCAUUAUCAACAGUGAUGAUUUUCACUACUGUAUUUUGCCUCAACGGGCUGCUGUGUGUAACUUGAAUCAGAGUGGAUACCCCAUUCGAUUUUUAAGGUCUACUGGAUCAUCUGUUAUCAACAGCAAGGAUGAUAUUAGAACUAUAACUGAUUCAGAUCAGGUGGGAUGUUCACCGAUUUGCUGGUUUAGGUUGCCCGAUUUCAAGAAGAUGUGUGAGUAUAGAUUUCCAGUCAACAAGACAACGAGAGAGUUCCUAGUGAAGUCUCUUUCAGAGGCUUAUGUUUUCCGGGCAAUCGAAGAAAUAGAUCAGUUUCGGAAGGCAGAACAUGAUCUUUUUAUCAACUCGCUCAAACUUCUUCAGUUACCUAUGAGGCGUAAAAAUGGCUUUACUGGAGAUGAACUCGAGUAUAAAUGGACAACCGAACUAUACCAGGUUAAAUACAACGGAGAAAGGCUUUUUGCUCCGUUUCUUGUACCCGAAGUGGUAGAUGACGUUUACGACGAAAACUACAAUCUUAAAUCUCCCGACAAGAAGAACAGCUACGUGUGGAUUCAGAAAUACCUUGUGCAAUCGACUGAGGGUGGCCGCAGAAUGAUUGCUGAGUAUGAGAAGAAGCAGAAGGAUAAGCAGAAGACAUAUAAAAAAGGAAGUCCUAAGAAGAGAAGUCGUAAACUACCACGGCAGUCAUCCACGUUGGACAACCUAAAGGUAUCUCCCAUAAAGAUUUCUCCGAAGAGGGGUGUAGAGAUUCUCAGUGAUAAGCCAAAUGCCGCACCGUUGGCCCAACCACUGGAAAAACCAAGAUUUACGGGCAGUCGGCCAAGCUCAAAAGAUGACGGAAUUACUCCUAAGCUUUUACCUGCUACAGAUAGUUUUUGGAUGGAGGAGGAUGAAAAUGAUAUUAGGACGAGAAAAAGGCCGUUUAGUACGAGAAGUCCACCUGCAAAAGGCACCCGAUCUAGUUGUAUUCAGCAGCCAAGUGUAAAUGAUUGUUCUAGUAAAGGUCGACAACCUUUGAUAUCAUUUGAUUCACCUCCUGGGCUUCCACGGAUGAAAAGCAAAGGUGCUGAAUUGACCGGAUCUUUCAAAAAUAUCAUUCCAAUUGGAAUCAACACUGAUGAGGUUGAUGAGACCGAUGCACUCGAAAUUAUUGAUCUUUCGUCAGAUAGUGAAGAUGGCAUCGAUGUUUUAAAAAAGUCGAACCUGGGGCAAGCUACCAAUAAAACUGCUGAGGCUAAAGUAGUUGACCUGAGUGAGCAAGAGAAUAAGAAGGAGCAGAAUACUGCAGAUAGUUCACUGGUUUCCGAAGAAGACUCUUCUAUUGAGAAUAUGGAGAAUGAAAUCAACGAGAUGCUUGGUUUGGUUGGGAGGUAG